AUGGUGCCCUGGAGCGGCGUCUUGAAUGGCGCGGUCCUCCUCGCAGCAGGCUGCUUGCUCUCUCGUACAACCACGGCUGCUCCCUUGGGUCUCCGGUUUGAUAACUCUACCAUCUGGCAUGGCUCGCUGGAAGUCAGAGAUACCGACCACGGUCCAUCUUUUUCUUUUCCUGGCGUUGAUCUUCGUGUGGAGCCUCGCGCUGCCAAUUCAUUCACCCUUCGCAUUCUGCCCCUCGGAGCCUCAAUCACCGAGGGCUACAAGUCUAGUGACGGCACUGGAUAUCGAAAGAACCUCCGUGCUCAGCUUCGCCAUGCUGGUUGGAGCGUCAAUAUGGUUGAGAGUGUUGCUAGUGGAGCUAUGUCCGAUAAGAGCCACGAGGGGCACCCUGCGUAUAAGAUCGAGCAGGUCAUGCAGGAAGCAACAAGGAGUGUUGGGUACAAGCCAAACGUUGUAUUGAUCAAGUGA